ACUUUUCUGUAUAAAAUUAAUUAAAUACCAUUCAAUUUAAUACUUUUUAAGCCCAUAAAAAGAUUUUCCACCUUCUCGAGAGAAUUUUAUUAAGAUUACUAUACCGUAUCAAUGUACUAUAUGAUAAAUAUACUUUAAUUGUAGCUCAGCAGAGGUAUGCUUAGCACCACUAAUACUUAAGAGCUGACAUGAACUAGAUAGAGGAUACAGCUGUACCUCAAAAGUAGGGUCAGAAUUGGGAAGAGAGAACAAUAUGCAACUGUGAAAAUGGACGCGUGGUGGCGCUGUUGACUAAGAGUAAAAAUGAAGGGCUCUGCAGAUGCCCAGGAAGCUAAAGAGUAAUCUGAAAAUCAGAACGCUGUCUGCUCCCCAGAAGGAGAAGGUAUUUAAGUGUGAUCUAGGGGAGAUAUCCCCGGGAACAACAAAGCGAUAAAGAAAAUUUAAUUCUAGGUUAUUUCACCAAACCUUAUCUAAGUGGAUUGAAACCGACUUGAAGAAGCAGCGCCCUCUGGACAGAAUCUGAACAAUGGAGACAGCUCAAGCAAAAACACCAGAGAAAAGGCAAGUCAUUUUUCUUACUAUAUUGGUGCUAUUGUGGGAGGCUGACACUGAGGCGAUUAGAUAUUCCAUGCCAGAAGAAACAGACAGUGGCUACUUGGUGGCUAACCUGGCAAAAGAUCUGGGGCUCAAGGUGGGGGAAAUGGCCACCAGAGGAGCAAGAAUCCAUCACAAGAGAGACAAAGAGCUCUUGCAGCUGGAUGCAGAGACCGGGAAUUUGUUCUUGAUGGAAAAACCAGAUCGUGAGGAGCUGUGUGGGAUGACAGACCCCUGUGUGCUGCACUUCCAACUCAUUCUGGAAAACCCUGUGCAGUUCUUCCAAACUGACCUGCAGAUCACAGACAUAAACGACCACUCUCCAGAAUUCCCUCACAGGGAAAUGCUCCUAAAAAUCCCUGAGAGUGCCCAGCCAGGGACUGUGUUUCCUCUGAAGGCAGCUCAGGACUCUGACACAGGGAGCAAUGCUGUUCAGAACUACACAGUCAGCCCCAACCUCCAUUUCCAUGUGGUUACUCAGAGUCUCACUGAUGGCAGGAAAUACCCUGAGCUGGUGCUAGACAGAACCCUGGACAGGGAGGAGCAGCCUGAGCUCACUUUAACCCUCACUGCUGUGGAUGGUGGGUCUCCACCCAGGUCUGGGACCACUACAGUUUGCAUUGAAGUCGUGGACAUCAAUGACAAUGCCCCCCAGUUUGUACAGUCGCUCUAUGAGGUUCAGGUCCCUGAGAACAGCCCCCUUGAUGCCGUAGUUUUGACGGUCUCUGCCAGGGAUUUAGAUGCUGGGAUACAUGGGAAAGUAGCCUACUCUCUAUUUCCAGGUGGUGGAGUUUCUCAACCAUUUGUAAUAGAUGAGGUCACAGGAGAAAUUCGUCUUAAAAGCUUAUUGGACUUUGAGGCAACAACUUAUUAUAACGUGGAAAUUGUAGCCACAGACAGUGGUGGCUUUUCAGGAAAAUGCAGUGUCCUUGUUGUGGUGGUAGAUGUGAAUGACAAUGCCCCUAAACUCACCAUAUCUUCACUCACUACAUCAAUCCCAGAAAAUGCUCCUGAAGCUGUAGUUGCUGUUUUCCGUGUUUCUGACCCAGAUUCUGGGGACAAUGGAAGGAUGGUGUGUUCUAUUCAGAAUGAUCUCCCGUUUCUUUUGAAACCCACAUUCGAGAACUAUUACACUUUAGUGACAGAGGGGCCACUGGACAGAGAAAGCAGAGCUGAGUACAACAUCACCAUCACAGUCACUGACAUGGGCACACCCAGGCUCACAACCCAGCACACCAUAACAGUUCAUGUGUCUGAUGUCAACGACAAUGCUCCCACCUUCACACAAACCACCUACACCCUGUUUGUCCAGGAGAACAACAGCCCCGCCCUGCACAUAGGCACCAUCAGCGCCACAGACUCAGACUCAGGCUCCAAUGCUCACAUCACCUACUCGCUGCUGCCCACCCAAGACCCGCAGCUGGCCCUGGACUCGCUCAUCUCCAUCAAUGCCGACAAUGGGCAACUGUUCGCGCUCAGGGCGCUGGACUAUGAGGCCCUGCAGACCUUCGAGUUCCAUGUGGGCGCCACAGACCAAGGCUCUCCUGCACUCAGCAGCCAGGCGCUGGUGCGUGUGCUGGUGCUGGACGCCAACGACAAUGACCCCUUCGUGCUCUACCCGCUGCAGAACGCCUCUGCACCCUGCACAGAGCUGCUGCCCAGGGCGGCAGAGCCUGGAUACCUGGUCACCAAGGUGGUGGCAGUGGACCGCGACUCUGGACAGAACGCCUGGCUGUCCUUCCAGCUGCUCAAGGCCACUGAGCCCGGGCUGUUCAGCGUGUGGGCACACAAUGGCGAGGUGUGCACCUCCAGGCUGCUGAGUGAGCGCGAGGCUCCCAAGCACAGGCUGCUGCUGCUGGUCAAGGACAAUGGUGAUCCUCCAAGAUCUGCCAGUGUCACUCUGCAUGUGCUGCUGGUGGAUGGCUUCUCUCAGCCCUACCUGCCUCUGCCAGAGGUGGCGCGCGACCCCGCACACGACAAUGAUGAUUUGCUCACUCUGUACCUGGUCAUUGCCUUGGCUUCUGUGUCUUCUAUCUUCCUCUUGUCUGUGCUGCUGUUCGUGGGGGUGAGGCUGUGCAAGAGGGCCAGGGCGGCCUCUCUGGGUGGCUGCUCUGUACCUGAGGGACACUUUCCUGGCCACCUGGUGGAUGUCAGUGGCACUGGGACCUUGUCUCAGAGCUACCAGUAUGAGGUGUGCCUGAGGGGAGACUCUGGGACAGCUUCUCCUCACCUAUCAAAAGACUCUGCAGAUUUCAAUAUUCUGUUUGAUUCUGGUUAUCAGUUCUGAUCAUUUUUGCUUUAUAUUGUUUUGUAGAAAUGGAAAACAAAACAAUUCUUUUGUGAUAUUUAAAACUAUCACCGGAAUUGUUAUUUGGUGUAACCUUAAAAUAGUGUCUGUAAAUUUUAUUUUUCAAUUAUGCUGACUAUUGUAUAAUAUAAAAAAUUAUUGGUUUUUAAUUGAACUCUAAUAAUUUACCUGAAUUAAAUUUACUUAUAGUCAGCGAGUCAAGUAAGCCUAUUAUGUGAUUGCUAACUAGGUAAAUUCAUAUGGCUAUAACUGCAAGAAAACUUUAUUGAAAUUUUGGCAGAGUAUGAACAAUUGAAGAGCUUGAUUUAUAAUAUAUUAUCUUUAUGUUUUACUCUUUAGCUAGUACAUAUUCAUUGUACAAAGCAAUGGAUUUCCUUAUGAAUUUUUAUGCAUGUACAUAAUGCAUACACAUUGAUAAUGUUUACCCUUUGUUUCUUUUUAAAUCUCAAGUGUCAUAUGGAGUUUAAAUAUUUGCAUCUUUCCCUGAAUUAAUGUCUCCUCCCCUAAGGAUGAAGUGAUACAUAAAAAGAAAAUUGAUGACCAUUCCUUAUCCUUGGAAUGUAAUUUUUGGUUAUUCGGUUUUAAAGUUGAAGUGAGAAAGAGGUUUUUGUGAAACACAGUAAAUACAAACAAACAUAUAUGACUUAAAAAGGCAGAUAACUCUAACAGCUUGUCAAUAAUGUGACAAGAUGCCUCUUCUGGUGUGGUAUCUACUCAGAAUACCAGCCUGAACUGUUAGGAGCUAAGAUCUGCUGUUGUAGCUCAACAGUAGGACAUUUGCCUAAUAGGUACAAAUCCCUAGGUUCAGUCUCCCUAGCAUUAGGGAGAAAAAAUAUUCACCUCUUCCUUCAUGAUCAAAAGUCACAAAAAGUCAUGUGUUUUAAAAUACAAAGUUAUAGAUUAUGCAUGUGUUUAGUAGAAUUCCCCUCCAACUUAGAUAGAUUCUCUGACACCAGAAAACAACUGUAAAAACAGACUAAAUGUGAGAAGUUAUCUCUUCAGUGCAACAGGAAAUCACUAAUAUGAGAAAUGAAUCCUACUCAGUUUGCUUAAAGAAUGGCCAACAGGUUCUUGAUACAGACACCUUUAUUGAGUAGUCUCUGAUAGAAAGGAAAACCUGAGCUCAGGGCCAGUUUUCCUGCCAAGAUCACUUGUUAACUCAGCAGCCCAGGAAAGAAGACUAAAAACGUAACUCUAAAACUCUCUGAAGGCAGAAUGAGAUUUUGCACAACGAACAAAGACUUCAGAUUGGGACUGGCCUAGCGGAGUCGAUGUAGAAAAUUCAUGUCUGUAACUUGGAAUUUGCCAAAACGCUAUGCUUGUAAGAAUUCAAAGAAGCUUGACCAAGUUUAGUACCUGUUUGGAUUGGAGUGAUUGAACAAGACAGUGCUGUCUCAGGUUAAGGGCAAAGGGCAAGCCUUUCCUGGAAGAGGAUAGUAGUAUCUUGAUUUGGACAGAUUUUACAUAAGUACCAGCAGUCAGUAGGUACAUGUCACAAAACUGAAUAAUAUAAAGAAAACCAGAGGAGAACAAAACACAAUGACCUAGAAGAUGCAUGUUUUAGAAUAAAAUAACCAGGUCAUUAAAAUAAAGUGUUUAAUACUUUUGAAACAAGCAACAAUUGAGCAAAUAAAUAGAAAGACAAUUGAUAUUUAAGACUCAAAGUCAAUUGCAUAACAAAAAAUACAUGUGUCAUAAAACUAUAUAAAUGGUAAAGCUUCAUGGAAAUAAAGGAAUACAGAAUUAGCAGAUGUAAUGUAUGUCAAUAUGAAAUACCUAAAAUAAAUACAGAAAAAUUGAAGUCUUGAAGAGAUGGCUCAGUGUUUAAGAGCAAGUGGAUUGAAUUCGGGUUUCAGCACUCACCCAUUGUCAUGGAAACCACAACUGCCAUUACUCCAGCUCUCAGGGAUCCAACACCCUCUUCAAGGACAUUCCAACUCUCAUGAUAUUUAUUCACAUGCACAAAAUACAAAAUAAAUAAAAACAAAUCUUUUUUAAACAGUGGA